UUCUUUCCGGAAUCAUGGCGUGUUCCUAAAACAUGUGAGUGGGAUAUCCACAUCUCAGAGAUUAAGAUAAUUUCUAUUUUCCUUUUCGAUUUACCUUUACAAAAUUUAUGGCAUCAAUGGAGGAGGACUUCCCUCGUGGGGGAACAGUAAAAAAACCCUCAGAAAGCCAAAUUGUGGUUCAAAGAGCAGAAGUAGACAAUCUCUUUCAGUCAAGUGAACGCACAGAAACUAAAAAAAGGAAAGGGGCUGGCAAAGACGAUGGCAAAAAGGUUAAGAAGACGAAAACUGGGCAAGAAGAUGCUUUAAUGCUCAAUGCUGCUGGCAACAUUGUGGAGAUACUGCAUGUCAAGAAUGUGAAGGAGGGCAUGUUAUUACUGGGUUGUGUGAAAGAGGUAACAGACUUUGAAGUAACAGUCAGUUUGACUGGUGGGCUUCAAGGUUUUCUCAGUAUUAAAAACAUAAGUGAUUCAUACACCAAGUUACUCACAGAACACCUCAACUCAGAUGAAGUGGAAACAGAGGAGUUUUUCUCUUUGCCUCAUCUCUUCAUCCCCGGCAUGGUUAUCAGAUGCGUUGUAGCCAAAAUAGACUUAACUAAAGGGGGAUCACUUAGCAUUCAGCUUUCUGUCAAUCCCAAAAUGGUGAACAAGUCACUCUCCUCAAAUUCAGUAAAAACUGGCAUGAUUUUGAGUGGAUGUGUAGAGAGCAUAGAGGACCACGGAUAUAUUAUUGACAUCGGCGUCUCUGGCAGUAAAGCUUUCCUACCUAAGAAUGCAGUAAAAGACAAAAACAACUGUCCUGAAGAUUUACAUGUGGGCCAGUAUGUGACUUCACUAGUGGAGAAAGUCAAAAAUGAUGGCCGCGUUGUGCAGCUUUCUGUCAGCCCUAAGAACAUUGCUCAGGCAUUUGCUGACGAUGACCAGGGCUGGACACUCACAAACAUACUUCCUGGUCUUCUGGUCAAAGCAACCAUUACAAAGGUCACCAAACAUGGACUAUUUCUGAAGUUUCUCUCUAACUUUAGUGGUCAGGUAGACUUUCUCCACGUGGAGCCAGGAAAAGCAUCAAGCUACAAGGAAGGAGAUGAGGUGCGCGCCUGUGUUUUGUAUGUGGAUCCAACCACACGUUUGGUAGGGUUGAGCCUUCGUAACUACCUUGUUUUACCUGGGACCCGGGUGGACACAGCCCAUUCUGGGGGUAUACAGGUUGGUCAAGUUGUGAAGAACUGCAAGAUGACAGCUCUACAUCACGCAUCAGGAGGCAUAUUAGAGUUGCCAGACAAAAUGCAAGCAUUUGUCCAUAAAAACCACAUGAAAGAAUAUAGUGCUCCAGCGAAUGAGAACAGAACUCUGGCCAAGGCUGAACACACUUGUAGGAUCCUGGAUUUCUGCCUAAUAGACCAGAUUUAUUGUGCCUCUUUACGCAAGAGUGUAAUAGAGAAGCCAUUUUUUAGAUAUCAUGACAUUCAUUCCGGUCAAAUAGUAGAGGGGACAGUGUCACUGCUGUUUGACUAUGGAAUGAUUGUCCAUCUUUCGGACCAUAUUAAAGGCCUGGUGCCACGGACCCAUCUGUCGGACAUUGUGCUGAAAAACCCAGAGAAGAAGUACAUGGAAGGCAUGAAAGUUAAAUGUCGAGUAUUAUCUGUAGAUGCAGAAAACAAGAAACUGUCUCUGACAAGAAAAAAGGCUCUGAUUGAAAGCUCCUUGCCUCUUUUUCUGAGCUUUGCUGAUGCCCGCCCAGGACGUGUGUCUCAUGGCUAUAUCGUGUGUGUCAAAAAAUUUGGCUGCAUUGUUCGUUUCUACAACAAUGUUAAAGGACUUGUGCCAUUAAAUGAGCUCAGCUCUGAAGCCAUUGUCAGCCCUGAGGAGGUCUUCUAUGUUGGACAGGUUUUAAAGACCAAAGUUCUUCAGUGUGAUGUUGUAAAAGAGAAAUUGUUGCUCUCAUUUAAAGCUGCAGUGGAGGGAAAUGUUGAAGAACCUCUCAAAUCUGACUAUGAAUGUGAUGUUGGAAAGAAAGUGGAUGUUCGGGUGCUGAAGAAACUUGUCAGUGGUCUUGAAGUUGCCAUUUUGCCUGAGGAAAUUCCUGCUGUGCUGCCCACAAUGCACCUCACUGAUCACUUGUCCAAUGGCCCUUUGCUGUGGGAGAGUCUGCAGGAGGGAGACACCAUCUCCAACCUUGUUUGUUUCUACAAGAACAAACAGAAUAUUACUCUAACCAAGAAACCAACUAUAAUAUGGGCUAUAGAAGAGGGAAUUUUGGCCAAAGAUUUCUCAGAGAUAACUGUGGGACUGCAGUUAUAUGGCUGGAUCAAGAACAUUAUGGCCUAUGGCGUCUUUGUUGAGUUCCCAUACGGCCUUGUUGGUCUUUCCCCAAAAUCUGCCAUGACCGAUAAAUUUAUUGCGGAUGCAACCACAGCCUUUGAGCUCGGCCAGACCGUGAUUGCCAAAGUGACAAACAUAGACGAGGAAAAGCGACGUUUUUUGGUCACGCUGAAGAUAUCUGAGGUCAUCUCACCUGUGGGAGACCAACAGACCAGACUGACCAAUGGUCUGCAGGAGAGAUGGGCUGUGACUGAAAUGUUGUCCAUGAGAGAAAAUGCCGAUCUACGAAAUCAGUUGUCAAACCUAAGCAUUGGACAAAAAGUGAAGCUGACUGUGGAUUCUGUGGUGGACACCCAUGCUAUCUUUAAAUCAGAUGAGCUAAUCGGUGCUACAAUAAUCGCCACCAAGAACCAUUUUAUUGGUCUCAAGUUAUCACCUGGACAAAAAGUGACUGCUGUUAUACUUUUUGUGGAUAUCUUAUCUGCUACUGUCCAGGUCUCCAUCCUCUCUAGGCUAUUAUCAAAGAAGAAAUCUUUAACUGAAGGUUCAAAAUAUCAAGCAAUGGUGCAGUUUGUUGAGAAAGACUUUGCUGUCAUCUCUUUGGGGGAUACAGCACAAUUGGCGAUCAUACAAACUCACAGCCAUUUAAAUGAAGUCACGCUCCAUGAUUCAGAACGGCUGAAACCUGGAAUGACUUUUCAUGUGGAAGUGAUCGAUCCUGCUUGUGAGGCACUGCAAGGGCUCCCCCUAGUGUCUUGGGAGCGUAAUCCAGUGAAGCGCCAGCGCACAACCUCUGAAACACAAGGAGCAAAGGGGAACUGUUUUGGAGAUAUUGUGCGUGGUACAGUGCGUUCAGUGAAGCCCACGUGUAUUCAGCUCACUCUGGAGAAUGGAGUUGUGGGCAAUGUGCAUGUGUCUGAAGUGAUGGAGCAGGACAAGAUUGGACGGGGGUCUUUCCCUGCAUCCUCCAUUAAAGUAGGCAGUAAGGUCACUGCCAGAGUUAUAGGAGGAAGAGAGGUCACAAGUCAUAGAUUUCUGCCCUUUUCACAUCCAAAGUUCAAAUUCAAUUGCCCUGAGCUUACUCUGAUUCCAAGCAAACUUGAAGCCAGUGAUUUCAAACCAGUCAUAACCAAGGAAAAACUUGGCAGCUAUACUGUUGGGGAAGAGAUCACAUGCUUUGUAUCAAAGUAUCAUCCAGAUAAGAAGUCACUGGAAAUUACCACAGAUCCUAAUAUCACUGGAACUGUUGAACUUCUUGCCAUGAUCACUGACCCGAAGGAAGCUGGUCACCCAGAGAAACUGUACAAGCUUGGCCAAGCUAUACGAGCUAAGGUUAUAGAUGUGAGCUCCAAACCACAGCGAUUUGUAUUGUCACUCACAGGAACACAUAAACUUGAGAAGGACAGUGUUUGUGUGGGAGUGGUGAAAAAUGUGCAGCCGCAUGGUCUACAGGUCAGACUUCCUUUUGGAGGCUCAGGAACAGUGUCUGUUACUGAUCUCUCAGACGCCUACAAACCUAAUGCUCUUGAUGCCUACAGCAAAGACCAGCUCAUCAAGUGUUACCUUCUGGAAUGUGAAAAUGGCAAAUGGCAUUUGUCUUUACGUCAGUCAAGAAUAAAUCCAGGACAGGCAAAAGCUGUGAAGGACACAGAGGUCUUAUCUUUGGACAGCUUGAAAUGUGGACAGAUCAUUAGGGGCUAUGUCAAGGCCGUUAUUGAACAGGGGAUUUUCAUCCGGUUGUCCAGAGGAAUUACAGGAAGAGCAGAAAUUCAAAAGUCCACUAAGUACUUUAUCUCCAGCCACAAGAUUCUUGCAGAUCAUCUGCCUCCAAACACGCUUCUCACAACCAAAAUUAUUCGCAUCGACCAAAAGGAGGAGUUAGUCGACCUCUCUUUGCUCCCAGUGGACACCGGGAAGCCAGAUGUCCUUCCCGAAUCUCUGGGUCUGCCACUGCGGCUUGUGGGAGAGGAGAAGGAGAAACAUGAUACGAAGAGAAAACGUAAACUGCCCGAGAUGCCGCAGAAAGAGGUUCUAACUAAAAAGAAAAAGUCCAAGAAGACAAAGGUGGAUGACAGUGACAGUGGUGUGGAGGUGUAUUUCAGAGAGGAGGAAAAUGAAGAAAAGAACAAACCUGCUCCUGUGAAUCAGGCCAAAUCUUCUGCUGGACAGGCCAGAUUACAAGUAACAGGGGGAUUUUCUUGGGAUAUCGGCCUUAGCUCCCUGAAACCAAUCUCUGUGACUCAUGAUGGGGAUUCCAGUGAUGGAGAAGACCAAGAAACUAGCAUCAGACCGCAGAAAAAAACACGGCAUGAGCUGGAGCAGGAGAAGAAAGAAUCUGAGAAGGCCUUGAUGAAGCGAGAGCUAGAGCUCAUGGACCCAAACCUGAGGCCUGAAGACGACGCUGCAUUUGAGCGUUUGUUGUUGGCUUCACCAAACAGCUCUCUGCUUUGGCUGCAGUACAUGGCCCACCAUCUACAGGCCACACAGAUUGAACAGGCCCGCGCUGUGGCCGAGAGGGCUCUCAAAACAAUCUCAUUCAGGGAGGAGCAGGAAAAGCUGAAUGUGUGGGUGGCCCUACUUAAUCUAGAGAACAUGUAUGGCACAGAGGAAAGCCUGAAGAAAGUCUUUGAGCGAGCGCUGCAGUUCUGUGAGCCCAUGCCUGUUUACCAGCAGCUAGCAGACCUCUAUGCAAAAUCUGACAAGACAAAGGAGGCUGAGGCUCUCUAUAAAAGUAUGGUUAAAAAGUUUCGACAGAACAAAACUGUGUGGCUGAGCUAUGGGACUUUUUUGCUUCAACAAGGACAGAGUGAUGCUGCCAGUGCUCUCCUACAGAGGGCACUCAAAAGUCUGCCUUCCAAAGACAGUGUGGAUGUGAUUGCUAAGUUUGCUCAGCUGGAGUUUCGUUACGGUGACAUAGAAAAAGGUCGCACCAUGUUUGACAAAGUGCUGACCAGUUACCCGAAACGCACUGACCUCUGGUCUGUGUUCAUCGAUCUUAUGGUCAAACAUGGAUCCCAGAAGGAAGUCAGGGCACUGUUUGACCGUGUAAUCCACCUGAGUGUUUCUGUGAAGAAAAUUAAGUUCUUCUUCAAGCGCUAUUUAGAAUAUGAGAAGAAACAUGGCACCCCUCAGAGCAUCCAGAAAGUCAAAGAAAAAGCCAUGGAGUUUGUGGAAUCCAAAGGGACAGAAGCAUCCAGCUGAAGACUCUUCAUGUAGGACUGUAUACAGUAUACUGAUUACAGUCUAGCAAGAACUACACAAAGUGAUACAUUUGACCAUCUUAACAAACACAACUGCAAACAUCGACAAAUACUUAAUUUUUAAAGAACUUCAAUGAAAAAAAUCAUUGUAUAACCUGACUGAUAAACUGUCUUGUAAAUAAACCAAACACAAUUACAAUACAA